AUGAAGGCUUAUCGAGAAUACAAGUCGCCAGGAUAUGGUUUUAGGGAUCUCAUAGAAGCAGCAGCGCAAGGUAACAUCGAUGUCGUCAGGGAACUAGUAGACAAGGAGGCUGGCCUGAGGGAUUUCAACAGCUGGACUGCCCUCAUGUGGGCUGCGAGGGAGGGUCAUACUAACUGCGCUAACCUGCUAGUGGAGAAGGAGGCUGGUAUGAGUGAUGGACACGGCUUGACGGCUCUCAUGAUAGCAGCAUCCGAAGGCUAUACAGACUGCGUUAAGCUGCUGUUAGAGAAGGAGGCUGGUAUGAAGGAUGUCAUCGGUAGGACCGCCCUCAUGUGGGCUGUGAGUAAGUUUAAUUUUAAGUGCGUUGACCUGCUAGUGAAGAAGGAGGCCGGUAUAUGUGCGAGAUGCUGCGGGUCGGCUCUCAUAAUAGCAGCAUCCAAGGAUUCCGCAUACAGCGUUAAGCUGUUGUUAGAGAAGGAGGCCGGCAUGAAGAAUAAAGAUGGUAGGACUGCUCUCAUGUGGGCUGCGUGUAAGGGUCACACUAAGUGCGCUAACCUAUUAGCGGAGAAGGAGGCAGGCAUGAAGGAUAACGACGGCUGGACCGCUCUCAUGCUAGCAGCAUCCUGUGGUUACGCAGACAUCGUCAAGCUGUUGUUAGAUAAGGAGGCCAGGUUAUGCAAUAACGCCCGUGGUACUGCUUUCGAGUGGGCUGUGAGAAAUGGCCAUGCUGCUUGUGCUGCUUUGUUGGCAGAUAAGGAGAAGGACAUCAAUAAUGGUAGGGUUUUUGCGUUGGCCAUUGCCGGAGACAAGGAAGACAUCGUAAAGCUGUUUGCAAAGUAA